CCCCCCUUUCCAACUACAAGCGAACACACCUCACCCCUCCGUUUGUGAUCGGCAGGUGCAGAGCACACGUCUCCAAUGAGCACAUCAGAGCGCAAAGUUUGGAUGAAUUUACCAUCAAAGUAUCUUUGAAUCAUUCAGGAAACAUACUGCCUUCUUUUUUUAAGCCGUCCUUUUCUCUGGAUGUCCCCUCAUGUUUCUCCACUGCAACGCCGUCUUCCAGGUGGAUCUUGGGGACUCGAAUCCUUUUCGGAGGAUUAACAGUUAGCUCCUCAAUCUCGUCUCGGGUUUCUGUAAAAGAUGCCAAAACGAAAGUACAAAGAAUACCUGGAGCCUUGCAGUAGCUCAGAAACACCAAGAUCUAUGCUCAGAAGAAUGGGUCAGCAGAAGGCUGUAAUUGAGAAUCAGAUCUCCUCAGAUGAGGAAUUGCCACUGCAAGACAGCAACUCUUGAUAGAGGAGGAGGACCUGUACAGUUAUUCGCAAGAAAUAAUAACUGGAGUGGAACAUGAGAGUUUGCAACUUGUGAGCGAAGAACACGCGUUGUCUUCAGAUGGAGAAGUUUCACAAGUGGGAGAACACACUGCACAUGUUGGUCAACAGCCUGUGAUAGAGGAUGAGGACCACUCUGAUUACUUACAUGUGACAGAUGUACCUGGAUGAGACGAUGAGAUUCGGCAUCUUGCAAAUGAGGCUUUGACUUCAUCAGAAGGUGAUGUAGAGACACUGCAAGACAGCAUUUCGUCAGAUGAAGAUUCAGAGUCGGCAGAAGAUAACAACUUGGACUAUUCAAAUGAUCCACAUAGGAAGAGAGUAAACAUGGAUAUGGACACGCCUCUGGCGGCCACAGGUACAACAUCAAGGGCUGAGGCAUUACUAAUGAUCAUGACCUAUGCUGCAAGGCAUCAAAUAACUGGAUCUGCGCUUGAUGAUUUACUCAAACUUAUCAAUCACUUAUUUGGGCAAGAUGUUGUACCAGGGUCAAAGUAUGCCUUUAACAAAGUGUUUCAAAAUAACAUAGACAAAGUCGAGUUUCAUUUUUACUGUAAGGCCUGUCAAAAGGAUGUGUUGGAGAACAGUGUUACACAGUGUUUGGGGUGUAAUUCACCAGUUGAGCCAAAAACCCUCAACAAUGGCAGCUUCUUUAUCAGUGUCCCAAUAUCUCUCCAGAUUCAGCACAUUCUUCAAACUCCAGAGCUACAGAGCCAGUUGAGCUACCGGGUGAACAGACCAGGGAAAGCAGAAAACAUUAUAUCAGACAUUUAUGACGGUGACCUGUACAAAGUCCUGUCAGAACCAGGUGAAAUUUUAUCUGACCCUAACAACCUGUCAUACACAUUCAAUUCAGAGCCUCAGAUGCAUGUUUUUCUUAAGCCUUUUGUAGAUCAAGCAAAAGUGCUUGCAACCAAGGGAGUGUCGUGGAGAAAGGAUGGGAAAGUUGUCAUCAGCAAAGUUGUGGGUGUCUGCUGCUGUGUUGAUUCCAAGGCCAGACCAGCAAUGCAGAACUGUACACAGUUCAACGGGUAUUUUGGUUGUGGUUUCUGCCUCCACCCAGGCACACUUGUAAAUGGACAAGUGAAAUACACUAUCACAGAAACAGAUUACCCUGACAGAGAUGCAGAGAGCAUGUUAAAUGACAUGGAGGAAGCUGUCAUCCUACAGAAAAAUGUAAGGGGAGUAAAAGGGCCAUCUCCUUCGAUUAAUAUGCCAUGCUUUGACAUUGUGUGGGGCUUUGUCCCUGAUUAUAUGCAUGCUGUUUUGUUGGGUGUUGCAAGGCAGCAUGCAGCCCUUCUACUUCAGAGCACAGAUGAGCCAUAUUACAUUGGUGACCCAAGUACAUUGAGAGUAUUGAAUGAGAGAAUCCAAAAUAUCAAACCACCACACCUUAUCACUCGACUUCCCAGACCCAUCUCAGAUAUUAAAUACCGGAAAGCAUCAGAGUGGAGGGCUUGGCUGCUGUUUUAUAGUUUGCCAUGCCUGGAAGGACUUAUAGAUGGGAAAUACACAAAGCAUCUUUCCCUUCUUGUUUCAGCAGUCUACCUGCUUUUGCAAGAAGAAGUUAGUUUUGAGGAGGUCAACAAAGCAGAUGAGAUGCUGUUAGAAUUUGUGAUAAGAUUUCAAGCACUGUUUGGAGAGACAGCCAUGACCUCAAAUGUCCAUCUUCUCACACAUCUGGCCAAGUCUGUGAAGUUGUUGGGUACUUUACGGGCACACUCUGCCUUUGUUUUUGAAAGCGCUAACGGGAAUCUUCUUAAGUUGGUACAUGGCACAAAAGAUGUUCCCAAACAGAUUGUGGGCAAAUUUUUGCUUCACAGAUCAAUUUCCCAUUUUGCAACCAAACACAGAGUAAGUGACCGUGUUUUUGGUUUCUGUAGUCAAAUGAGUGACUACUCAAAAGUUCAGAAUUACAAAAAAAUGCCACAACACCACGGUUCUGGAUGGUGGACGAGUCAAACAUCUCACACAGGCAGAGCAGCAGGCUUUUGGUGCAGCAGGACAACAGCCUCCAAAUGAAAUCCUCACACACAAGAGAAUGAUUCACCAAGCUCUUGUUUUUACCAGCCGUGAAUACAGUCGAGCAAAGAGACGCAAUGAUUGGAGCGUCAGAUUGGCUGAUGGAUCUAGGGGAGAGUUGCAUCAGAUUCUCUCUUAUGAGGUAGAUGGAAAAAGCGAACUUGCCCUGCUUUUCAUUCCAUUUUACACACUUCCAGCUGCCUUCCCACAAGAGGUGUCUGUGCCACACAUGGCCUGCGUCAGACAUGGUGAUAGAUCACAAAUGCAGCUGAUUUCAGUAGAGAGACUAUACCACAAGUGUCUUGUCAUAGAAUGUGCUGAGAAAGUGUUUGUGUGUGAUUUACCAAACACUUAUGAGAGAGAUUAAAACAUGGCAGUAUUUGUUCACAUUAGGGACACCUUAGUGACUUGUACUGUACAUGUUAUGAAAUCUGAUUAUCUUCAUUGUCAUUAAUCUGUCUUGAUGAUUAUUUCCUCAAUUUAUUGUGUGGUCUAUAAAAUGGUCAAAUAAAAUGUUUGAAAAUCUAAA